AUGACUUUUAAGGUUGGAGAUAAAUUGCCCAGCGUGGAUCUCUUUGAGAAUACACCAACAGAUAAGGUGAAUCUAGCGCAAGCUGCAACUGGGAAGAAAAUCAUUAUAUUUGGUGUACCAGGUGCAUUCACACCUGGCUGUUCAAAAACCCAUCUUCCUGGUUAUGUUACAAAAGCUGAUGAAUUAAAAUCUAAAGGAAUUUCAGAAAUCUUUUGUAUUAGUGUUAAUGAUCCGUUUGUUAUGGCAGCUUGGGGAAAAGAACAUAAUGCAACAGGAAAGGUACGAAUGUUAGCUGAUCCUAAAGGAGAUUUUACAGAUGCUGUAGAUCUUGGUGUAGAUCUGCAGGUUUUAGGAGGCAAACGUAGCAAACGUUACUCUAUGGUUGUUGAUAAUGGGACUGUAAAGGAACUCAAUAUGUCAACUGGACCUACACAUAAACAUCGUUAUAAAAAUGUAGGAUUAGACUCACAAGAAUUGCGAAGACGCAGAGAAGAAGAAGGAGUUCAAUUAAGAAAGCAAAAACGUGAGCAGCAGUUAUCAAAACGUCGCAAUGUUCCUAACAUUGCUGCAGAUGAGGAUAAUGUUACAGCUACAGAUGAAUAUUCACUUCCUACAGCACAAUCGCAAUCCCCUGGUAUCAUAACAACUGAAAUGGUAGAUGCAUUAUAUAGUCCUAACAUACAAGAUCAAUUGGCUGCAACGCAGAAAUUUAGAAAAUUAUUAUCAAGAGAGCCAAAUCCUCCCAUAGAUGAAGUGAUACAAACAGGAAUUGUGCCACAAUUUGUCGAAUUUCUUAAAAAUAAUACAAAUUGCACUCUACAGUUUGAAGCAGCAUGGGCUUUAACAAAUAUAGCAAGUGGUACAUCUCAGCAAACACGUAUCGUGAUAGAUGCAGGAGCUGUUCCCACUUUCAUUUCUUUACUUGGUUCUGAAUAUGAAGAUGUACAGGAACAAGCUGUUUGGGCAUUGGGCAAUAUUGCAGGGGAUAGUCCCGAAUGCAGAGAUCAUGUAUUAGCCAACGGUAUCCUCACUCCACUUUUGCAAGUACUAUCGAAGGCGACGCGUCUUUCUAUGACCCGCAAUGCGGUAUGGGCAUUAUCAAAUUUGUGUCGAGGAAAAAAUCCGGCACCAGCUUUCGCAAAAGUCGCACCAUGUCUACCGGUGUUAGCACAUCUUCUUAAUCAUACUGAUUAUGAUGUACUUGCUGAUGCUUGUUGGGCGCUUUCUUAUUUGAGCGACGGUCCAAAUGAUAAGAUACAAGCCGUUAUCGAUGCCGGUGUUUGCAGACGUCUCGUAGAACUUCUUAUGCAUGAACAGAAUAAUGUAAUAAGUGCAGCUCUUCGUGCUGUAGGAAAUAUAGUCACUGGAGAUGAUGUGCAAACUCAAGUUGUGUUAAAUUGUUCAGCAUUACCAUGUCUAUUGCAUCUUUUAAGUUCGCCACGGGAAAGUGUUCGUAAAGAAGCUUGUUGGACAGUUUCUAAUAUCACUGCUGGUAAUCCCCAGCAGAUACAAGCAGUGAUUGAUGCCAAUAUCUUUCCGGUUUUAAUUGAAAUUUUGAGUAAAGCUGAAUUUAAAACACGUAAAGAAGCAGCGUGGGCAAUUACAAAUGCUACUAGCGGCGGAACAGCCGAUCAAAUUCGAUAUCUCGCAAUGCAGGGAUGUAUUCCGCCAUUGUGUGAUCUACUUACCGUUAUGGAUGCCAAAAUUGUUCAGGUCGCUUUGAAUGGAUUAGAAAAUAUUUUGCGUUUGGGAGAACAAGAUGCAUCUAUGCAUAAUGGUCUUAAUCCUUAUGCAGUUCUUAUCGAAGAAUGUUAUGGCCUAGAUAAGAUAGAGUUCUUGCAAUCUCACCAAAAUAUGGAUAUUUAUCAGAAGGCCUUUGAUAUUAUCGAACGAUUCUUUGGGUCUGAGGAAGAGGAUACUAGACUUGUGCCCUCCAUCGAUUCACAAGGGCAGGAGUAUCAAUUCACUGCACCAGAUUCUUCCCAACUACCAGUGCAAGGAUUUGAGUUUUAAUCGACUAUAUUUAAAUUCUGAAUCUUAUUUCAUUAAGUGUUAUUUGUUCUAUGGGAUUUACAGUAUCUCUAAAAUCGAUACAUUGACACAAAAUAUGGUUUUACUUACUUGCCCAUAAAAUUUCAGUUUAUUUGUAUCAAAAAUACUAAUAGAGUAACCCAAAAUUAUCUAUUUUUUUCAUUGAAUUAAAAACAGUAAAAUCUGUAUAAUUUUAAUGAUUUUUCUUUCUCAUUCUGGAUAAACUGUAAUGCGCUGUGUAUGUUAUGAUCUAAAAUCUCUUUAUUGUUUUUCAAACCUAUGUCAAAUUGCGACAAUGUUUGCAUUAAAACCUUGAAACAAUUUGUAUAGGAACACUUAUAGACUCAUACCUGCAUGUAUUUAGUGUAUGAGACGUUCAGUUUAUGAGGCAUAAACGUUUUAGUGCUUAAGAGUAGAAGUGAGAACAAAAUGAUCGAGACAAUUUAUCGAGGCAGAUUCAUAUCUCGUCCGACUUUUGACUGACACAAUUACGAAAAAAUAAAACUAGCAUUAUAUCCUGCGAGAUACUAACUGAAUGACUGAAGUACGCGACUAUGUAGCCAACACGGACAACAUUACGCAACGGGGUACUCACCUUAUUAUACUAGAUAGAAACAUGACCAAUUAAACUUUUUUACUGUAAAUACGUAUCUCGUAAUUUUAAGGCUAUUCUAUACAGAGUGCCCUUAAGAAGUAAAGUAAUAGUCGCAUCUGUCCAUCAAUAUAAUAUUGCAUCAGUUUACAAAAAUUGGUUGAAAUGUUUAUUGUAUUUUAUAAUAAGCAUGGUUUGUAUCAAAAUAUGUACAAUGCUUGAUUCUUUUGUAUUUAAUGAUAAUCAUGCAAGAGAAAAUGCUGACUUCCAGUUAAUGUAUAAACUGAUAUUUUUGUCCAAUAUCACAUAAUCAAUUGGUUGGUCUUAAUUAUAAACAUCUGCAGAGAUUGAAUGAUUGAAUAAAUGAUUUUUAUAUAUUAUAUAGUUUCAUAAUUAAAUUUUUUUUAAAUAUUCGUUUUUUUCAAUCCUUUUGAUAUAUGCAGGUGAUAAAAAUAAAUAGUAUUGGAUUUGUACAGCACAUUAUUAGAUUUUGGACAUUCUGUAUAAAAAGUCUGUGACUGUAUAUAUAUAUAAAACAUAUUUAUUAUUUAGGUUUGACGAUAUACUAUACUUAUAUAAAUUAUAUAUACCAUCUCGACUUUUAGUUACCGAUUUAAAUUAUGACAGAAAAUGACUGUACUAUAAUUCAGUAAUUGAAACUUCGCUAAUUUAUCAUUUUAGCCAAUUAUGCGGCGAUGGAUAUUUAUUGCCAAUUUAUGAAAUUACUUACCAAGUAGUACAUAAAUAUAGCAAAAAAUAAAUUGUCAUGUAUUGUGCAUGCCAUUUUUAAUUAAAAUGUGAGAGAAAAUUCUUCUAUAAAACUAUUACUCUAUAAAGCAUAUAAGGAUGUUUUUUCAGUAUUUUCAAUCACUUGAAUCAACAGCUUUUAAGUGCAUUGUGAAAUAUUUAUUAAUUAUAGAAAGUAGUUUUUUACAAUUAUAAUUACUUUAAUCAAAACAAACUUUAACUAUUUUGACAUUAAUAGUAUUAAUAAAAUAUACUACUAUAUCCUAUCAAUUAAAAUGCACGUAGAUUGACUUAAAUAUGUAUUUAUCUAUAGAUUUAUUACUAAUUUCUUUUGUUUAAAGAUAUAUUUCAGUUUAAAGAAAGUUGAAAAGCACUAGUUGAAAUGAA